AGGGUCGUACUUUUUUUUCACAAUCGCUUGCAACGACGACAACGACGAUCCGUCAGUCGCAGUCCAGCUCCGAUUCGUUUGCGGUGUUCGUCGUGGUUCACCCCCAUUUUCACAACGCUAAUCCGCGCGUUUAAGCAAUCGCCCUCUAAUCAGCAGUGACCGCGGCCAGUUCUAAUUAAGUGCAAAUAGUCGAGAAAAUCGCGCAGCUCGUCGUUAUUCGUGAGCUAAUCGUGAAUCUUUGGUGUGUGUGGUGGGUUUGUGUGCGUGUGUGUGUGUGCGUCAGCGCAACAAGUGAAAAUUUUUUGGGUGUCGGAACGCCCCGCAGUCAACCGGAAGUGCCCCAGUGGCGGCCAAUUGGGGUGACCAAUUUGUGCGUGUGUGCGCGCACGGUGGGGGGAGAACUCCGUCAUCGUUGUCGUCCGCUGGAAUUUGGCCAGUUUGUAGCGCGGCGCCCCGUCGUACGGAAAACGGGAAGGAGUGAGAGAGACGGAACGAGGUGUUGGGGUUGGGUAAGAGCAGGGAGUGAGGAAGAGAGAAAAGGUGCGGGGAAACCUCAAUGACGAGACUGCUGCGGUGAUGACGGUGUUGAUGAUUGUGAUCGAGGAGCAACAGAUCUAGCAGCCAGCAGCAACAGUUUGUGUGUUAUUUUUUUAUUUUUUUUAUGAAGUAAUGGACGAUCACUCUCAAACGGUGUGAUAAUUGUGUUGUGUUAGUGGAGUUUUUCUCGCUGGGUAUUGUUAAUUGGCGUUGAAGCUCGAAGCUCAGGAAAACAGGCGAAAUCGGAGAAGCUCUGGAAACUGAACUGCAUCAUCUAUCGGAACACACAGAUCACUCGUGAGUCAAGAUGAACGAGAUCGACGCAUUGAGGCAGGAAGCGGAACAGCUGAAGAAUGCCAUCCGCGAUGCCCGGAAGGCCGCUUGUGACACAUCGAUUCUGCAGGCAACCAACCACCUGGAAGCCGUUGGCAGAAUUCAGCUCCGAACGAGACGCACUCUGCGCGGUCAUUUGGCCAAAAUCUACGCCAUGCAUUGGGGCAGUGAUUCCCGCUAUCUGGUCUCGGCCUCGCAGGACGGCAAGCUUAUCGUUUGGGACUCGCACACCACAAACAAGGUCCACGCGAUUCCCCUCCGGUCGUCCUGGGUCAUGACCUGUGCGUACGCCCCGUCCGGCAACUACGUGGCCUGUGGUGGCCUCGACAACAUCUGCUCCAUCUACAAUCUCAAAACGCGCGAAGGUAACGUUCGGAUCGCCCGCGAACUCGGAGGUCACACCGGCUAUCUGUCGUGCUGUCGCUUCCUGGACGACAACCAGAUCGUCACCAGCUCCGGAGACAUGUCCUGCGCUCUCUGGGACAUUGAAACCGGCCAGCAGGCCACAUCCUUCCAGGGCCACACCGGUGAUGUCAUGGCGCUGUCCCUGGCCGCCCAAAGCAAAACGUUCGUCUCGGGUGCCUGCGACGCCACUGCCAAACUGUGGGACAUCCGCGAAGGCCAGUGCAAACAAACAUUCCCCGGCCACGAAAGCGACAUCAACGCCGUCACCUUCUUCCCCAACGGUCACGCGUUUGCCACCGGUUCCGACGACGCCACCUGUCGACUGUUUGACAUCCGUGCCGAUCAGGAGCUGGCCAUGUACUCCCACGACAACAUCAUCUGCGGCAUAACCUCGGUGGCGUUCUCCAAGUCCGGCCGUCUGCUGCUCGCCGGCUACGACGACUUCAACUGCAACGUGUGGGACACGAUGAAGGCGGAGCGGGCGGGAAUCCUGGCCGGGCACGAUAACCGGGUGUCCUGUCUGGGCGUCACCGAUAACGGAAUGGCGGUCGCGACCGGAAGCUGGGACUCGUUCCUGCGCGUGUGGAACUAAGGAAACUCCAAUCAAAGCCAGCUUAAAAACCCAGCAGCAGCAGCAACAGGUAUCGUCGUCGAGCUCAAACAGCAGAUGCUGAGCGGGAUUUAGCGAUGAAGAUGAGCAGCGCGCCACCAACAACAACAAUCGGAGCAGCAGCAGCACAAGGGUAGAAAUCUAGAUAUGUUCACACCACAAUUCCACCACACACACAAAUACAUGCAACGUGCGCGCAAAUGCACGAAACAAUCAUCGUAAUUCCACACGGGAGAGAACGAGAGGCAGCUCUGGAGGCUGCGCGCGAAGGGAAGACGAUGGCGACGACGGUUCCGGUCAAUACUGGUUGGUCGUCAUUCAAUCUGGUUUGAUGAAAGAAAGAAGAAAAACUGUGUGUGUUUUUACUACAAUAUGCCUUAUGCAAAACACGAUAAUAAGUAACAAAGUUUAAAUGAGAAAGUUUAGUUUAGGUUAAAUGCUCUGUCUCUUCUGUCUAUCAUUCUUGUAUUCAUCUGAGAGAAACUAUUGAAAAAAAUACACACAGAGUCUUACUAGAAAGAAGGAAAUGAAAGUACAUUAUUAUACACACAUUUUAUACACUUUCCGCUACUUGUAUAAAUUUUACGUAUUUAAUAAAAAGAAUAUACAACAACAAACAAGUACACAAGUUUAAGCUGUUAGCGUCGAUCUGUUGUAGUUGUUGAAAGUAAGAGUGCGCGUGCACUGUUGUUAUACAGUGUGAAUGUCUCCACACAGAGAAAUUUACAAACUUUUCACAUCAGGAACGGCCUAAUGUAGUAAGAGCACAACCCUUUUGGCGCAUUUUCUAAUUUAUUUAUCUGUUUUGGUUCGAAACGAAGAAAGUGAACUAGGCUAGUGUAG